AUGCACAAAGCUACCUCCCCAGAGAAAGGCUGGUCCCUUUGCCACCCCGUCCGUUUCGUCAUGAACAUCGGAGCAAACAGCACAUUGUCAUCAAAGCUGCUGAAAGGCGGCACCGUGUCGGGGCUGAAAUACGACCACUCGUGUGAGCUGUACCGAAUGUCCACGUUCUCGGCCUUCCCCGCCGGCGCCCCUGUCUCGGAGCGGAGCCUGGCCCGGGCCGGGUUCUACUACACGGGCCGGAAGGACAGGGUCCGGUGCUUCUGCUGCGGCCUGACGCUGGACAACUGGAAGCAGGGGGACAGUCCCCUGGAGAAGCAUCGGAGGCUGUACCCCAGCUGCAGCUUCAUCCAGAGUCUAAAUCCGGUGAGCGCUUCGGGCGCCCCCUCUCAGCCCACCUGUCCUUCCUCAGGGACGAGCUCCAGGCUCUUGCCGCCUCCCAGCGUGGAAAACGGGGGCUGUCCUAGCCGCUCCUGCGCCACCUUCCCGCAGAACCCUGUGACCUUCAGAGCAAACCAAGGUCUCUGUCCCCGGAGGACGAGUCCCCACCACCGUGCGAUGGAGGCCGAGGAAGCCAGAUUGCACUCGUUCCAGGGCUGGCCCUUGACCUUCCCGCUGCCGGAGCAGCUGGCCAGAGCUGGAUUUUACUACCUGGGCCCUGGGGACAAGGUGGCCUGCUUCGCCUGCGGCGGGAGACUGAGUAACUGGGAGCCGGACGACGACGCCCUGUCAGAGCACCUGAGACACUUCCCCUCCUGCCCGUUCGCAGAAAGCCGGCUUCAGGACACCUUGCGGUGCGCCGUGUCCAACCGGAGCAUGCAGACGCACGCGGCCCGCUCCCGAAGCUUCUGCAGCUGGCCCCCCAGCGUGCCUGUUCUCCCCGAGCAGCUGGCCCUGGCUGGCUUCUACUACAUGGGGCACAGUGAUGACGUCAAAUGCUUUUGCUGCGACGGUGGACUGCGCUGCUGGGAAUCAGGAGACGACCCGUGGGUGGAGCACGCCAAGUGGUUUCCAAGGUGUGAGUAUUUGAUACGAAUCAAAGGACACGAGUUCAUCAGUCAGAUUCAAGCCAGUCACCCCUGUCUCCUUGAACAGUUGUUAUCUACUUCAGACAACACAGAAGAUGAAAAUGCUGAGUCACCAAUUGUUCAUUUUGGGCCUGGAGAAAAUUCCUCCGAAGAUGUCGUCAUGAUGAACACACCCGUGGUGAAAGCGGCCUUGGAGAUGGGCUUCGGUAGAAACCUGGUGAAACAGACCGUUCAGAGCAAGAUCCUGACGAGCGGGGAGAAUUACAAAACAGUCAGUGAUAUUGUAUCAGAUUUACUUAAUGCAGAAGAUGAAAUCAGGGAAGAGGAGCAAGAAAGAGCCACUGAGGAAAAAGAAUCAGAUGAUGUGUCAUUAAUCCGGAAGAACAGAAUGGCGCUCUUUCAACAUCUGACUUCCGUACUCCCCAUCCUGGAUGGUCUCCGAACUGCCAGAGUGAUUACUGAGCAAGAACACAGCGUUAUUACACAGAAAGCACAAACAUCUCUGCAAGCAAGAUUGCUGAUUGAUGCUGUGUUAGUGAAGGGAAGUUUUGCAGUCACCGUAUUUAAAAACUGUCUCCUAGAAAUGGACCCCGUGUUAUACGAGCGUUUCUUCGUGCAACAGGACCUAAAGUAUGUUCCCACAGGAGAUGUUUCAGGUUUGCCAGUGGAAGAGCAGCUGAGGAGGCUGCAGGAGGAAAGAACCUGCAAAGUGUGCCUGGACCGAGAAGUGUCCAUAGUGUUCAUUCCCUGCGGCCACCUGGUGGUGUGCCAAGAC